AUGGGCUGUUUUCCGUUGGAAAAGCAAUUCUCCGACGGUUUUCCGAUGGAUUGGCCCUUCAGAAUUGACAUGAAUGCUAGCAGUGAGGUAAAUAACUGGGCUAAGAUGGAGACUAAUGGACUCAUCGACAACAUUGUCACUUCCGGCAACAUCACCACGCUAACGUUGCUCGUGUUAGCGAAUGCCUUGUACUUCAAGGGGGCUUGGGUCGAGAGGUUCAAUGUGUCCAGAACGAGAAACUAUGACUUCUAUCCCCCAACUGGCCAGCCCGCUGUUCCAGUCCCCUUCAUGACCAGCAAAAGGGACCAAUGCAUCGGCACCUACAAGGGAUCCAAAGUCCUUCGGCUUCGCUACAAGCAAGCCAGUGAUGUAAACCACUGCUUCUCAAUGUGCAUCUUCCUUCCAAAUGAGCGGGACGGGCUGCGUGAUCAAAUGGAAAGAGCCUGUUCCGAGCAGGGGUUCUUGAAUGACCCUGCUCCUUACAUGGAGGUGGAGGUAGGCGAAUUCAGAAUCCCCAAAUUCAAGAUCAUGUCAAAGUUUGGGAAUGUUUGUGGGUUUCUUGCUAAGCUUGAUGUGCAUCUGGGAUGCCUCCCGGUGGUGGCGGUGGAUCAAGUGAUCCCUCAUUCAAAUAUAGUCCAAAAUGCUUUCGUCAAGGUUAAUGAAGAAGGCCCUGAAGCAGCUGCUGUUACUGCUGUGGUCACCAAAUUUGGUUGCGGGAUAUCUAGUUGGCCUAAAUUAUAUGUAGACUUUGUCGCCGACCGCCCAUUCAUGUUCGUGAUCCGAGAGGAGAUGACUGGAGUUGUUCUCUUUGUAGGUCAGAAGUCUGGGCUGUCUAGCUUAGGGUAUGUCCCGUGA